GAACGCAGGCGAAGCAGCUGCUGUUUGGACACUAUAUAAGACGAGAAGACUGUAAGCUGCUCACAGAUCUCCUCCUCCACCUGAACGAGUCCUACCAUCCACAGUGCUCCUCCUGUCUUCCGAAAUGGUCCGUCUGGUUCUGUUAUUUGCCUUGGUGGCCGUAGCCGCCUCCAAAGGGAUCCGACCCAUCAUACCCAUACCGCCACCACCCAAGGACUGCGUCCACUGGUGCACAAACCCCCUCACCAACAGCAAAUACUGCUGCAACGAUGGAACUGGGCCUCAGUUCUCGGUUGAAGAGCAUUCAGGUUUAUGCCCUGAGCACAGGCCAUUCUGUCCACGUGAUGGCGUCACAUCAGGACCUGCUUUAUGUGCCCACGACGGCUACUGUGCCAAUUUUGAAUCCAAGUGCUGUUGGGACACUUGCCUGAAGCACCACACUUGCAAGCCAGCGAUCUUCAUUUAGGCCUGCGACAGGUAUUCGAAGAAUCAAGGAUCUUCUAAAAGCGGAUAGAAGACUACAACUCCUUCUCUCCCGGAUUUCAUUUGCUUGAUGGAUCCUUCAACUUAUUACUUAUUGAUUUUCCUACGCGUUUUAUUUACGCUUUAGGAAGAAUGUCGUGUUAUGAAAAUUAAUGUUUGUCUCCACAAAUAUGCAUUUUUACGCUUUAUGAAGAAUGUCGUUACAUGA